UGUAGGCGCGCCCGUCCCCGCCCCGGUGGAGAUGUGUCCUAUUGCCUUGGAUAAAGUUCAGGAUGUGACCAAGCGCCAGGAAACAUAUGCGCACUGCCAGUCUAACGUUCACCCACAGCUUGUAGCUGUUACCUGUAGAGCAGGAGGUUAGUAUUCCUAUACCGACAACUGGGAAGGAGACGAUUCCGGAACUUCAGACAGAAAGAUCAAAACGGGAAAACGAAAAUAACAAUUUAUUUGCUAUGCGCAUUCCGACCGGGAGGAACUAAUCGGACAGACAGGUUGGCCUUUCAUUGGGACUCCUGUGUCUACUGCUCCAUCUUCUCCAGUGCUGUAAGUGCAAACAGAGGGGACAUUGGACAGUGACUGCGUCAAUGAUGGCUGGAUGUUGUAUGUCGGCCGAGGAGAAGGAGAAUCAGAGAAUCAAUCAGGAGAUUGACAGGCAGCUGCGGCGGGACAAGAAAGACUCGCGCAGGGAACUCAAACUGCUGCUAUUAGGCACUGGAGAGAGUGGGAAGAGUACCUUCAUUAAACAGAUGAGAAUCAUCCAUGGCGCCGGCUACUCAGAGGAGGACAAGCGCGGCUUCACCAAGCUGGUGUACCAGAACAUCUUCACUGCCAUGCAGUCCAUGAUCCGCGCCAUGGAGACCCUCAACAUCCCCUUCUCUGAGGCCCAGAAUAAGGGCUAUGCCAGCAUGUUGAGUGAGGUGGAGGUGGACAUGGUGAAUGAUCUGGAGAAAGGCCAUGUGGACGCCAUCAGGAGCCUGUGGAUGGACAGUGGAGUGCAGGAGUGCUACGACCGUCGCAGGGAGUACCAGCUAUCUGACUCCGCCAAAUAUUAUCUGAGUGACAUGGACAGGAUCGCAGAGCCCUCCUACCUGCCCACCCAGCAGGACAUCCUGAGGGUCCGAGUACCUACAACAGGCAUCAUCGAGUACCCCUUCGACAUGGAAAACGUCAUCUUCAGGAUGGUGGACGUGGGGGGUCAGAGGUCAGAGAGGAGAAAGUGGAUCCACUGCUUUGAGAACGUCACAUCCAUCAUCUUCUUGGUGGCGCUUAGUGAGUACGACCAGGUGCUGGCUGAGUGUGACAACGAGAACCGUAUGGAAGAGAGCAAAGCUCUCUUCAAGACCAUCAUCACAUACCCCUGGUUCCAGCGCUCUUCUGUAAUCCUUUUCCUCAACAAAACUGACAUCCUAGAGGAGAAGAUCACACGCUCCCACCUUGUCAACUACUUCCCAGAAUACACCGGGCCACAGAACGACCCUAAAGCAGCCAGGGAGUUCAUCCUGAAGAUGUACCAGGAGCAGAACCCAGACCGAGAAAAGACUGUCUACUCCCACUUCACCUGUGCCACCGACACAGAGAACAUCCGCUUUGUCUUUGUUGCUGUCAAAGACACCAUCCUCAGACACAACCUCAAGGAGUUCAACCUGGUUUAGAGGAGAGCUAAGGCUCCUGCAAGGUUAGGAGACAUCUAGACUGGUCCGAGAUGAUGUGCUUCAGCUAACUUCUCUAUCGUUGACAUGAGUUGGUUAAAGCACAUACAGAUCUGGGAUCUGGCUAGGAGACCUGAGACUAGAUGUAUAGGGUUAGGUUGGAAGGUCAGAUUGAUGUGCUAGAAGAAUAUGCUCGGACUGCCAGAUUUGUAGUGCUGUUUUUCUGUCCAGCUUUUUAGGUUGAACAUCUAUACCAAGAGAAAAGCUUCUCUAGAUAACUUUUCCAAAGGAUGGAAAUUCUACUCAUAUGUUUAGUGACAGGGAUGCCAACGUUACGUUUUAUUAAGUCAAAUAUAUUUUUUCUUUGAAACGGACGAUUUUAAUUUAUUUGUUGUGGAGUUAGCACAGAGGAAGGAGUUAAAGUAUAGCACCUUUUGAUUUAUGUAAAACUAUGAUCUAGCAAUUACAUACAACACUCCUCGGGGUGUCUUUCCUUGAGCAGUAGUGUGAUAGUGAUGAGUGAGAGUGAAAUUGUGAAUUCAGCCCAAGUCUUUUACUUGUUUAAAUUUGAGCAACACUUGGCCGUAAAAAUGUAAUGUUUUCAUACAGAUACUGUAUUUAUGUACUCCGUCAUAUAUCUAAACAGUGAAGACGUGCAUAUUUUAGCCAAGUAAUCAGUCUAAAGUGCCUUGUUUGUGAGAGGAAUAACAAUAACUCCAGUGGACUAUAGGGACAUUUACCAUAGACCUUCAUUUAGGAGCAAAUCCUUACUUCUACUUGAUUCAAAUUUUCAGUUGGUGUCAAUGGGAAACUAAGUGAAAAUUAAAAAUUUGAAGUAGGAGUUAGGAUUCACCACUAAGUGCAUAAAUAUGAAUAGGUAUUCCUAACAACCGAUUUUUGGUCAUGAAAGAAUUCUCCAUUCAUAGAUUAUGACCACUUACUUAUUUAAUAUGUGCAUCAAGUAAUUUCUACAUUGUUACACUUCAAUAAAUUGUUAGUCAAAUGUACAAUUUUUAUUAAUGCGUCAGAUUAAAAAGUGUCAAACAGAA